AUGCUGUUUUUCUAUUAUGUAUUAGUUUUGAAUGUAGUAAAUGUUGUGUUGUGUUAUGCCCAAACUAAAGAAAAUAUUUAUGAUACUCUACCUCCUAUUUUCCAUAUCGAUGACUUUGAGAAGUGUAAAAAUGAAGAUAAGUUAUUUUGCAAAACGAAUAUUAAUCUUAGACCUUCUGGUAGAAAUAUUUCCCAUCACUGGAAGCUGAUACAGCUAUCAAUUAAUGAUAGAAGAUCAUAUAAUCACGACGAGUUAUUCCACGCCAUUUGUAUUCAAGAUUUUUGCCCAAAAUAUGAAUUUAGCGAUGUAAAAACCUUAAAAAAAGCAAUUUCCGAAUGUUAUACGGAUAAAUUCAGUUACUUAGGAUUGUCGGCAGAUAUUACUUAUUUAAAUUGUGGAAAUUUCGAUGAAAAAUACAAACCAGGAGCUCUAGAUAUAAUUUGGAUGAUAAUUAUCAUUGUUUAUACAAGCUUUGUGUUUUGGACAACAUACAGGGACUAUAAAAAUGGCAAUGGUAAUGAUAAUAAAUGUAUUAAAUAUUUUUCCUUAAUAAGGAAUUUCCAAAAGUUAAAAAACGUCAAUCCAAAAUCCGAUUUUCAAAAAUUGAAAUGUAUGCAAGGGAUACGAUUUUAUAAUAUGCUCUUAAUCAUUUUUUGUCAUACAUAUUGUAGUUAUGUAGGGGGAUACGUAAUGAACACAGAAUACAUAGAAAAUAUUCCACAAAAUCCUUUUAAAUUAGGACUUAGGAAUUUGAUGGUAUUUUUGGUUCAGACAUUUUUUUUAUUCUCGGCUUUUUUAAUGUCUUAUCAUUUUUUUCAAAUAAUGGAAAACGGUGGAAAAUUCGAUUUAAAAACGAUUUGGUUAACAUUUUUCAACAGAUAUUUAAGAAUUGUACCGCCAGUAUUAGUCAUGAUUUUAUUAGGCAGUACCGUAUGGGUGGUGAAUUUAUUCAGUGGUCCCAUCAAAGAUUUGUACGCCGAUUUGGAAUACCAGAGGUGUCAGAAAAAUUGGUGGACUUCUUUGUUGUUUAUUAAUAACCACUAUAAUCACCAUGAUAUGUGUUACUUCACCACAUGGUAUUUAGCUGCUGAUACACAACUGUAUUUACUAUCAUUAAUAAUUUUGUCAUUGAUAUGGAGGAAUCGAAAAAAUACCAAAUAUAUUUUAUCGACUUUCGUUAUUUUGGGGAUACUAAUACCCGUGAUUAUAUCGUACAGCUACAAUUUGGAUAUUAUAUUUAGAAUCACACCAGAAAACGCGAAGAACAACAAAUUUAGAUCUUUCAAAUUCAAUGCCAUAUAUUCGUCAACAUACGCCAAUAUGGCUACCUUCAUGUUAGGAUUGUUGUUCGGAUAUAUUUAUUUUAAAUCCAGAAAAUAUCAAAUUAAUAUCAGUAAGAAACUUGAAGUACUGUGGUAUAUAUUUUUCAUAGGAUUACCACUCCUAAUAAUAACCAUUUCUUCGUUUUAUUAUUCAAGAUUUGUUAACGGACUUUUAUGUGGUAUAUUAAAACCUUUGUAUGCAAUAGGCAUAGCUAUAGGAAUAUUUGGAAUGUCCAGAGGCAUUGGAGGGAAAAUCAAAAAAGUUUGCGAAUGGAAACCAGCCCUAAUUUUGGGAAAUUUAACUUAUAGCACCUACAUAGUCCAUUAUGGGGUAGUAUUUUAUAAAACCGCAGCGGCUAAGCAACCAUUAUACGUGUCAGAUUUUGUUCUGAUGAAAUCUUUCAUUAUGGAUGCUGUUCUCUCUUUUAUAUGUGGUUUUCUGAUGCACAUUUUUGUCGAAAUUCCUGCAAUGAACAUCCAGAAUUCGUACGUACCCCAAGUGAGACGGCAAAGAUCUUCAGCA